AUGCUUUCCAUGCUGACGGACCCCGCGCUUAGCGACGUGUGCCUCGUGGUGGAGGGUAUCGAUGUUCCCUGUCACAAGGCUGUGCUAGCCGCCUGGAGCCGACCGUUCCGGGCGAUGUUUACCCUGCCGAUGCUGGAGUCGCGGCACCAGUGCAGAGUGGUCAUCGAGGACGCCGAGCACAAACACCUCAUGGUGGUCCUUCAUUACCUCUACAGCGGUCGCAUUGGCCUCAAUGACCAGAACGUGAUGCCGGUCUCCGCCCUGGCGAACCGGUACGAAGUGCUGCCGCUCAUGGCUCAGUGCGAGGGCUACAUGAAGUGGCGCCUUCACCCGAGCAACGUAGUGGCCCAUCUGCUUUCCGCGGAGGAGCACCGUGUGCCAAAGGCUGCAGCCUUUGCCUUGGAGUACCUUGCAGUUCAUUUCGACGAGGUCCACCACGACAGUAGCGGCGACUUCAACUCUUUGGGGGGCGAUACAGUACUGCGCGUGCUGCAGCAUGACGGCCUCACCGUCGACGAGGAGACGGUGUUUCUAGCAGUGGACGGGUGGGCUAAGGCGUGGGAGCAUCGCCGAUCUAUCCGCGGCGCCACGCGCAACUACGCCGUCGGCAGGUCUCCACCGCCGGCCGUGGCAGAACAAGAUGCAUCCCCGGGUGCGCGUGGGUGGGGGGGGAGAGAAAGUAACGGGGGUGCAGGCGAGGAGCGAUCGACGAUGGAUGUUGGCGACGAACCCCCGAAAGGACUCGCGGAAGGGGAAGCCGGCCGAGUGCUACAAAGACGAGCAAGCGGUCCGGCUGGGGGAGAAGGAAAACAAGGCGGGUACGCGGGAGAAGUGCUGCAGCGGGCGGCGUCCUUUUCGCACCCCCCUCCCCCGCCGGAGCCCCCUGUUGCUGGCGUGCGAAAGACGGCUGCAGUCGGCGCCCCUGAGAGCUCUUCCCCGAUCGAAGGCAUGACCGACGAAAGGAAGGGGACGUUGGAGACGAUGGCCCCCAUCCCGGAAGAGGAGCAGGCCUUCGUGGACGAGCUCUUGAUGGAGGUUCGCUUCCCGCUUGUAUCGACGAGCUUCCUUUGCCAAGUGGUCGAGAAAUCUCCAGUGAUAACGGGCAGCCGAGUAGCGCAGAGGUUGUUGCACGAGGCUUACCGGUUCCAAGCGAUCAGGCCGGACGGUGUGGAUGUGGACGAGCUUUUCCCGGGCAACCAUCGGGUCAAGUAUCGUGGGCAUGAGCGAGUGCUGUUCGGCGAGGACGAGGGAUGCGUGGGGCACGUCGAAGAUUACAGUUCUUCCCUCUCAGAGGUGCACCUGGUGGAGAAUGUGAAGCAGAGGGAUGAGAAGUACUGGCUUCCUGGACAGCCCGAAGAGGCCUACUUCUGCGUGCGGGUAUGA